CGGUUGCUAUACAACAACUGGUCGCUCUUAUUAUGAAAAAAAAUAGGAACAAAAGUGAUUUUAGAUAGUAAAAGUAGAUCUAGUUGGAAAACAAUCGUAAGAACUUGCAGCUUACUGUUUGACUAAGUAAUUUGUUGUUGAAAUCAAUUUUGACUUCAACAUGGCUGAUGCGGCUAAGAGAAAAAAAUCUUCUGGAUCACCAGAAAAAGGAAAAAAAGGGAAGCUUACUAAAGCUGAGAAAGAGAAAUUAAAAAAAGAAGAGCUUGAAAGAAAAGCCCAAGAGGAAGCUUUUAGAAAUUAUACACAAAAUGCUUCUGAAAGAGCAAGCACCAUUGAAAUACCUAUGUUUCAAUCUGAGAGCGCCCGUUUGCAAGCUGCAGAAGAAGCUAAAGUACGCAAGAAAGAAGAGGAGAUUAUGGCAGUUGAAAAAGUAAAAUUGGAAAAUGAGGAACGUAGGGUACGUAGAGCUGACAUGUCAGAGCUUCAAGAGCUUCUUAACUCUAAAUAUAGUAAGCUGCGGAAGCUGCAUGAUGAUCGUAGAGAAAAGACAAAGUGGGCACGUUAUAUGAGGUGUGAUGGAUCACCCGACCCAACCAUUCAAGGGGAGAUCAAUACCUACAUAAAUCUGAGAUUAGAAGACCAGAGUCGCAAUGAUUCUGACAGUGUUCUUAAAGAUUCUCUCAUGGACCUUGAUCUAAUGAGUGAGUUGCAAUAUAUUAUGGAUGACACACCACCUGAAAAUCUUUUAGAAAAAGACAAAUUUCUCUAUAAUGAGACAAUAAGUGAACUACAGAAAUUGAUUUCUGUCAAGCUAGACCUGGGCAGCCUUCAGAUAUUGUGUGAUGCAACUGUGUUGGCAGACCCAGAGACAGGCAACCUUCAGCACGUUGUUCAGAAUGAUCACAUUUUUUUGGGCAUUUGGGGAAAUAUUAUGAAGAAUCCCAGGAUCAAAUCAUUUGAGUUUCCAACUGUACAUUUCACAUUCGAUAUUCCGCGAGUUCUAGGACUAAUGGACUGUGCUGUGAGACUCAUGAUCACCAAAUAUGAUCAUUUUUCACCAACUAGUAAAUCAAUCAUACCAAGGGCUAAGAAAGCUGCCACAGAAGCUGCAACAGAUCUGCCUGUGACAGAAGAAACAAAAGUAGAGGAAGAAGCCGCACAAGAUACAUCAGACAAACUUGAAGUAAGAGUAGGAUCACCUGAGGACGUCUCUAGUAUAGAUAAUAUAGGCCUACAUCCUAUGAUAAGUGAUACUGAGGAACCUAGAGAGGAGACUGAAGUAGAAGUUCAAGAAAUUUUAGAAGAAGAUUAUGCUGAUCCUCCCACACCAGUUCCUUUAGAUUAUGAAGAUUUUGAUGAAGAAGAUGACAUUGUAGAUCUGAGAGCUUAUGAUGUUGUCGGAGGAGUGUAUCAGUUUAAUCUUCUAAACCUUCCUCCACAACCAAAGAAUGCUGGUUCUUGGACCAUAACACAGUUGGUUGAUCCGCCCCAAAUCCAGUAUCUAGAAUACAUAGCUGACACCUCAGAAGAAGCCAAGAAAGAUGCAAAAGACAAAGAUACUAAAAAAGAUGAAAAGCCUCUAAUAGGAAUCAACAUGAUCCUUCCAGAAAACUGCAUGUUUUUCGAAACCCCUGUAGUUGCUCGGUGGGACUAUGACAGGAAACUGUGGAGCACUGCAGGAUUUUCUGACUUAAAUUUUGUUGAGGUUACAAGAAACUUCAAUUUUAAGACAACACAUUUUGGAACCUUCUGUCUACUGCAAGAUACACACAUGAACAUGCCUUUUCAGUCUUGGAACCUCAGGCCCCAUGGUGUGAAUAGGGCAGUCCUUACUAUCACUGCUGCUAUUAUAGAAAUUGAGAUUGAAAUGAAGGAUUCAUUAUGCUGUCUAAGUCAGCCAAAAGAUAAACCAGAACUAGAGUCUAUUAGAGACAAAUGGGUUACACCACAGGAGCUAGUCAAGAUAAUGAAAGCGGCUGGUGUGAAUGUUUUUCCAAAUGAAGAUUCAUCAAAGUUUGUCAGUAUUCAAGGAAAGUUUGUUGAGAAGAUAUUUCAUAAACAUCCCCUUAUAGAGGAACGAAUGUAUCAACAAAUGGCACUGACUGCCUCUGCUUUGGCUUACAAUUGGUCAAAGUGGAAUGGGGAGAGAUCUAAAGAUGAGAUUGUUUUUCAAGUAGCUGAGGCACUAGAAGACGAACCUGUACUGGAGGAUUAUUGGUCAGUGUUUCUUGCCACAAAACGUAGGGUCACAAAACUUAAGUUGACAGAGUUUGAUGAAGCUUUUAAGAUGCCUACAGAGGAGGAAAGGCUUGAAAUAUCAGCAAACUAUGAUACUUCUCUUUCAAUUGAUAAUGGUAGUAUUGGUGCUAGGUUAUCCACCAGUCGAAGGUCCAAAAAUCCAAGCCCCAAUUCAUCUGUUUUGAAUAUACCUGGAUCUAAGUCUAAAGUAGCUAGAAACAUGUCCUAUUCACGCCGUCCCUCAAGGCUCGAAUCUGGUCAUUCUUCAACAGCAAAGCUUAGAAAGUUAAAGAAAACAAAAAAAGAUGCCCCAGUUGACAUGUUUUUAAAACAAUUUGAUAUAAAUAAUUCUACGUUCAAGUCCAACAUGUACCAUCUGAUGCCAGAGUUCACAAGCAAGGAGGCACUAGAGAGAGUACAGGAAACCAGUGACCAGUUUAUGGACUGUGUCAACCAGCUUCUCAAGGCUACCAGAGUUCUAGUUUUUUCUUAAGUUUGACAGGUUAUAUUGCCUGCUCUAUUACAGUUCAAGAAUUUGCAUUGUUUUUUUUUAAAAUUAAUUGUAAUUAAUCAAUCAGUUAUGAAAUUCGUAUUAUUAAUUAUGAAUUAUUUUAAACAUGGUUCAGUUAUUACAGUAUUUACACUCAUUACUGACAAUAGUAUGCAACUCUAACAAGCACUUUUGUCACCUUUGUAUACAUAUUCAAUAUUACAAUAUCUUUUUAAUGUCAAUUAUUUAUGAAGUUUUAAGUCAUUCAGGUUGGGGAAUUUGAAAUAAAGUGAUGUGAUUAAUAGUUAUUAGAAAAUAAACAUUUAUUGACAGAUAUCACUUAUUUUUGUAAAUAUGUAAUUUGUAAAUAACAAAUGUUUAAAUAUUUAAAACCAUGGCUUUGAUGUACUUGGGCCAAAAAUAUCAGGCUGUGAUCAAGCUUAAAAACAUACAACCUGUACUAAUGUCUUUAACAGAACAUUAGAGAUGUCAAAAUAUCCAACAUAUUAAUAUUACUAUUUUAUUUUUAGCUAUAGCAUUGUUGUAUUUGGCUUUUAACUUCUUGUGCAUU